AUGGCUGUGCUUUAUCAGAAGGCUGUCUUGGAUCUAAUCAAGGAGUUGAGAUGGAAUUGGCACGCUCUUUGUAACUCUGAGAGAACUACUAUAUGUGGUGCAGAUUCCAUGCUUUUGGCAUUGCAGCUUUCCAUGGCAGAGAACAACAAACAGCACAGUGGAGAAUUUACAGUCUCUCUCAGUGAUGUGUUAUUGACAUGGAAAUACUUACUACAUGAGAAAUUGAAUUUGCCAAUAGAAAAUAUGGAAGUGAUUGACCAUUAUGUGGACAUUAGAAAGACUUACGAUGAUUUCUUGAAGAAUAGUAAUAUGUUAGAUCUGAUUGAUGUUUAUAAAAAAUGUACAAGUCUCACUUCUAAUGGUGACAAGAAUGACAAGUUAUCCCCUAGUCAACUACUGGAUUUUCUAUCUGGCAGACAGCAUUCAGGGGAUGAGGAAACUGAUCUCUCUAUACCGGCAUCACCAACUAGUAAACAUAACCAGGAUACUGAAAAGAUGAGAUUAUUGGCCAAGAAAAUUAUCUCUUCAUAUUUGAACCUGCUAGUAAAUUCAAAGAAUGACCUGGCUUUGGCUCAUAUUCUUAAUAUUCCUGAUCGAGGACUGGGGAGAGAUGCCUUCACAGACCUGAAGCAUGCUGCUCAAGACAAGCAGAUGUCUAUGUUUUUGGUGGCUACCUCAUUCAUUCGAACAAUACAGCUUGGAGGGAAAGGAUAUGCACCGUCACCAUCUGACCCUUUAAGGACACAUGUGAAGGGAUUGUCUAAUUUUAUUCAUUUAAUUGACAGACUAAGUGAAAUUCUUGGAGAAAUCCCAAAUCCAAGCAUUGCAGGCGGUCAGAUACUCUCGGUAAUAAAGGCACAGCUGAUGAAAGGCCAGGACAGCAGGGAUCCUUUCUGUAAAGUGGUGGAGGAAGUAGCUCAGGAUUUGGAUUUGAGGAUUAAAAAUAUUAUCAAUUCUCAACAAAGAGAUGUAGCUGUUCACACCACUGACAUCAGUCCUGCACGGCCAAAAUCACACGCCAUAAACCAUGGCACUGCAUACUGUGGCAGAGAUACUGUGAAAACAUUACUAGUUCUUUUGGAUGAGGAAGCUGCUGAUGCUCCUACCAAAAACAAAGCAGAACUUUUAUAUGAUGAUGAAAAUACAAUUCAUUAUAAUGGUGUUUCUCUUCUUAUGCUUUUCAGAUCUCCCACACAAGUGAAUAAUUCAUCAGUGAAACCCCUAAGAGAUCGUAUCCAGAAGUCAAUGCAAGAGAAAAAAAUUAAGAUAAAGCAGACUUCAAUCAGAUCCCAGUUUGCAUGUACUUACAAAGAUGAAUGCAUGAUAAGCAAGGACAAAUGGAAUUGCACUAAUUCACUGUCAAAGCCUUUGUGUGCUCUUCUCAUGGAAAAUGACACCUCUGAACGUGUAAAUUCAUCUGUUGGAAAAUCAACAAUUGAAACAAGUUCUGAAAAUGUUCAUCUGGAGAGAAGUAAAAGGAAAAACAGAUCAAGAAAAUCAAGUAGUCAAAUAGGAAAUAAGGACUCAAAAAGGAAGCAGGUGGAUUUGGAUGGUGAAAAUAUUUUGUGUGAUAAUGAACUAUUUCAGACAAAUACUAAGAUACCUAAGACAUCAAAGGGUUCACAAAAUAACUUCGAUGGCAAACAAACUGGAAUUAAAAAAGGCACCAAGUGUGUCACCAAGGACAAAUUGAUUACUGGCCAGGCAAAGUUAACACAGUUUUUCAGACUAUGA